GGCGCCGGCAGCGGGGAGCAGGAGGGAGCAGGUGCCGGGCGGCGGGGCGGGGCCUGCCGAGCGGGGCCGGAAGUGACGCCCAGGAAGCUGGCGGCGCACUCCUCACCGCCCCGCAGGCGCCCUUUCCCCGGUGCGCGACGCGCCUCCGCCGCGGGCGCUGCUGGCCCCUCCGGACUGUACCACCGACGCCCAGAGGGGGCGAGGCCUGAGCGCCAGCCCCCCCCGCGGCCGCGCACUGGCGCCCUCCGGACCGUACCACCGCGGCUGGGGCGGGGGCCGUCUCUACGCCCCCGAGGGGCCGCCUUCUGAGUUUCAGCUUCACGAGCGGAAAACCCAAAGAGGCUUAAUUCUAAAAAGAAGUGAAGGGAUUUAUUGGACAUGUAACACGCUAGCCCGGCACCGCGACCAGCUUCGGGUGCAGCCGGAUCCCGGGCGGAGGGGCCCGGACCCUCCCGGGAUCGCCGCAGUCGGGGCAGGUGGACAGGGUUCCAAGGACUAGAACUUCGGGGCCUAGGGUCAGGAAACGGCUCCCAGACCCGGGCCCAAGGCAGCGGGGCUGCCCGGAGUGUCCAGAACGCCAAAGGAAAGCAUUCGUGGCCAGGUCUGGCGCUGUCCCCUCACCCCUGCCUCUCCCGUGCAGCGGGGGUCUGGACUCAGGCGCUGGGCUCUGAUGUGGGAGCUCCAACAGGGUGGUGAGUGUGACACCUCGGGACCCCAGAUGAGCCACUGCCCUAGGGGACAGUGAGGACAGCAGGGAGGAGUGGCCAGGGAAUGGGGUGGAGGAGGGCGGCUGGAGGGGGCUGCAGAGCCACCUGUGCCGCGGCCCAUGUUGGCUGGAGCCAGGACACACCACCUGCCUGGGGCCUCCUGCCCACCAGGUGACACCCACCUGGGCACCUGGCCCCUCCCCCGGCCUCAGGAGAGGCCCCGCCCAGCCCCCCGGCCUGACGGCUAUGUUGGGUCACCUGCGGUGCCCUCCCUUGCUGGCCCUGGUUGGACAGGUUUGUCUGGGGGCAAGGCAGGUGGCGGGGGCAGCAGGGAGCUGGGUUCUGGUGGUCAGAAUGUUCCAGCACAUUCCGAGCCUGGCCUCCAUCGGGCCUGCUGAGAAGGUCCCUGAUGUGAGUGGGCAACAGAGUGUCCUGGGUCUUCCUGGAGUCCAGACAAGGCUGGAGGUGGUUGGAACUUCCAGAACCUUCCAGAAGGCCACCUGGGCUUGUCGUGGCUCCUUGUGCGACAUCGGCUCCAUCGUGAACGUCCAUGCUCGUGGUGGGGAAGGCGCUGGCCAUUUGCCACCUGCUGCCUGCCCUGCGGGGCCGCCCCUGCCCUCACUUUGGCCUGAGGCCACACAGGGGAGGUGAGCGCAGCACCUCGGUGCCAGCUCGGGGCUCCCAGGGCACCCGCAGGCUCAGCCUCCCAGGCUCCAUGCCAACCUUUGACCUGUUCCCUGCCCUGCUCCCGGGUCCUGCCAAGGCUACAGGCAUGGAGAGGGGCCAUGGCAGUGAGGUUCAUGCAAAACUGCUGGGGCCAGAGGUCACGGAGCUGAGUGCAGUGGGGCUCCCGGCAAAGGGUUGGGGCACCCCUGGCUUAUGCCUGUGUCCUCUCUCCAGGGGCCAGGGGCUGCCCCAGGUGCCGGAAGGGGCCAUGCUCUGCCCUUUUCCUGAGGUGGGUGAGCUGCCGCCGAGACCCCCAGGCUGGGGUGGCAGUUGUGGCCGCCUCUGGGAGCUCCAGGGUCUCUCUCUGAAGCGAGUGUCCCUCAGCGUCAUCCGCUUGGCCUCCCCGUCCUGCUCAGACCUGUCGGGACCAUUCAGGGAGGCUCAGAACAUGCCAGAAGCCCCCUGCAUCUGCCACCUCUCUCCUCCCCGCUUCACCCCCCAGCAGGCCCCCACCUCCACUGCUGGGCCCCUAGACAGGCAGGUUCCCAGAUCCUGGACACCCCGUGGCCCGGGGAACUGGCCGGCCGCACCGUCCUGACCGGGCUGAACCCAGGGCUGGAGCAGCCGCUUCCAGGGGGCAGGGUCCUCUGAGCCUCGGGUCAGGGUGCAACCGGGCAACUCGCCCCUGCCCCCUGCACCAGGCCAACCUCGUCCUGAAACAUGGACCAGUUUCCUGGAGGGCAGAGCGGCCCUCCCCAGCCUUGGGGUCCCCAGUAGGGCACGGGGAGCUGAGCAGCCCUUUGAGGACAGGGUGUGACCAGCUGGUUGAGACCGUUGCCCCCAGAGGGCUGACAUUUGUCCUGUGGGCCUGGGGCCCCUGCAGCCUCCACAGCCUGGGCUGAGCCCCGGGUCCCGCACGGCCCUCGCCUGCCAUGUGGGAUUUUGAAAGCUCGCGGAGAACAGCCUGACCCUCCUCUCAGCCUUUCCUCAGCUGUGCCAUGCGGGGGCCACGGGCUUCAGAGCACCCCCAGGGGCACCCAGGGCUGGCUGCGCAGAGCCAGAGUAGCUACACAACCCAGUGUUUUGUACAAGUCUGUUUAUUGAAAGGAUCUUAAAAUAGUAAUAAGGCUUUCAACAUUAACAAAUUUUCAGGAUAUUAACAAUAUGAAACAUUAAGAAUUUACUUCAAAAAUACAAAGUGUUCUAGAUCAUUCCAACUUCAUGCUGCCGUAGGCCUUGGCUGUCACUUGCUUUUCUGUCUGAGGGACAAACUGCCAGUCUUCUGGUCCAAACCAGGAGGCCCAGCCCAGCUGGCGGGUGGGGAAGGGGCAAUGGUACAGGGCUGGGGGGGGCCGAGGCCCGGAUACCCUCACCAAACAUCAGACGUUGCAGUGCCCAGACAAGGAGCAGGGGGCUGGAGCCAAGGAAGUCCUCGCGAGCCAGACUGGGCGUAGCCGCUGCCUGCAGAGCGAGCAGAGGGCAGCCGUGCCCGGGAAAGGGCAGCCGCGCCCUUCCUGUCCCCGUCAGUUUAACAGGUGAAAAGGCAAAACCCAGAGAAACCAGUGGCCCUUCCCGGGUGGGCUGCCCACCUGCCACCUCAGCGAGAGCCCCUGGCCGGGAGGCAGCCAAGGGUCUCCCCGCCAAGCCAUUCAGGCCCCUGCCGCUAACAAGCUUGUCUCGUGCCAUCCCGUUACAACUGCAGAAUAGAAAUGCCAAGUGGCUCUCCCAGGGCCGGGCCCCGGGGGCACUCGGACUCGACACAGUGGUCCCAGCGGGCGCCGGCGCAGAGCACAAAUGUAAACGCUGAGCGAGGCUCGGUUCUCCCGAGCGCAAACCCUUCCCCUCUCGGCGCUUCCCAGAAGUGCGCACAAUAAAAC